AGUAGCUUUCCCAAAACGAAACCUUAAAUUAAAAACCCUUGUUGAAACCUCAGACAUUCAGCUUUUGUCUGUCCUUCGAAAGUCCCUUCCUUCCUUCACACCAUGUCUCUGACACCCGUAUCUUUGCUCACUCUCUCUCUCCUCCUCCUUCUUCCUCUCACAGCCACCUCAUCCCUCCACAACCUCCUCCAAAGCCAAGGCCUUCCAGCUGGGCUCUUCCCAGACAAUGUAAAGUCUUACAAUCUUGACCCGAUGGGUCGCCUGGAGGUUCAUCUAGACUGUUCAUGCAUGACCAAGUUUGAGACCAGGGUCUACUUUGAGAACAUAGUCAGAGCUAAUCUCAGCUAUGGUGGUCUAAGAGGCUUGGAGGGUCUGAUCCAAGAAGAACUUUUUCUCUGGCUUCCAGUGAAGGGAAUUUCAGUGAGUGAUCCAUCUUCUGGUCUAAUUUUGUUUGACAUUGGUGUUGCCCAUAAGCAGCUUUCUCUGUCUCUCUUUGAAGACCCUCCUGUCUGUAAGCCUGAAGCUCAAGGAAUUUUCUCAAAGAAGGAUGGUGGGAGGAAGAUUGGAUUUCAGGCCCAGAGAUGAAGGAUUGAUCUUUUCAGUUGACAGAUAAUUUUCUCCUCUUUUGUUUUUGGUUUUUGUGCUUUUCAAUUUUGAAAAAAAAAAAGGUGUUAUGUUCAUAGAAGCUGUUAAGAUUGUAAAAAAAGAAGGGAAAACUGAGUGUAAGUUUUGGGAUUUCCCUCAAGGAAAAAGUGAUGAGGAUUGGAAAUUUUGGGG